AUGUUUCUCGAAUUCCAAGAUAGCAAACUUUGGCCGUUUGAUCUACACACUGUCAGUACAGCAACCUGGCGCUUUCUAACGGAAACUGGGCGCGAAUUCAGCAACUAUGUCGAAGAGCAUGUAGAGAUGCGCGGCAACACGAUGUUGCGCAAAUUCGGCGUCGAAUUCGAACAUGGCAACAAUGUGGCGGUUUUAUUCGGGAGGCAAGUGACACGGCGAUAUGUUUCCAGCGAUCGCGUUGUGCUUGUUCGCCACACAAUCAUCGACGAGAUUCAACUGCCAGGCACUCAAACAAGCGGCCUCACAUUUCGCGAGUCAGGCCGGAUCGUAAUGCGAAAUGCCCCAGCGUUAGGCACCGGAUUGGCCACUGUAACACAAGGAUAUUCGACCAUGACACCAGACGUCGACUUGAACGCACAAUGGGAAAUCGGAACGUUGACGGAUUUCGUGUUGCAAUCACGCGAAGACAUUGAAGUGGGGAACGAUACGAUCAUAGAAAAUUUGCUCCUUGAGGAGGCGGCAAAGCAAACUAUCUCGUAG